CACCCCGCAUCGUCGAGCCAGAUAUCUAGGACGAACCGCCUGCUAUAACUGACAGAUAACGUCUAAUAAUUGCCAUUAUAGAACCGUUGAGCUCCCAUUCCGAAAUGGCCGAGAACAUUGCAAAGGCACUGGAGGAGGCCGAGAAGCUGGUCGAGUCCCUGAAGGGCUUCGACGGCACGCCGGCCGCCCACCUAGGCCUACUAAAGCAGACCGCCACGGUACAACGAGCCCUCGAGGAGCCAUACGACACGGUGACGCGCCUAGUGGAGACCAUGAGCUUCGCCUCGGCACUGCACACCCUCCUCGGCAUCGGCGCGCUGCAGCAGCUCCCCCCUUCGGGCGCCUCGGCUUCGGCUCGGGACCUGGCGGCGGCCGCCAACGUCGACGUGUCAGUCGUCGAGCGCGCGUUCCGCCUCGUGCUGGCCAACGGCGUCGGCGCGCAGACGGCGCCGGACGCGUACGCGCACAACGCGCUGUCGCGGGCGCUGCUGCCGGACACCUUCGGCGCCUUCUUCCUCGUCCUGAUGGACUUCGUGCGCGCGUGGGUCGCGUGCCCCGAGUACUUUCGCACGCACGCCCCCGGGGACCUUUUCGACCUCCGCAAGAGCCCGUUUGUGUUCGCCGAGGGGAAGGAGGGGUCGACGUACUACGAGGUCCUGGACGCCGCUGGUCCCGAGAAGCGGGCCGUGUGGAACGCUACCAUGCAGCAGAGCGAGAAGAACAUGCCCGUGCUGGGAAUGUUCCCGUUUGCGUCGCUCAGGGACCGGGUCGAGGCGGAGCCCGACAGGCCGUUCAUUGUCGAUAUCGGCGGCGGCAGGGGCCAGGCGAUGCUGCGGAUUGAGACCGAGUGCCCGCGGUUCUUUGGCGGGAAGGUGGUCUUGCAGGAUCUGCCUUCUGUCAUCAAUACGCUGAAACCGGAGGAGCUUCCGGGCAUUGAGCCGAUGGUCUAUGACAUCUUCAGUGGUCCAAACCCCGUCAAAAACGCGCACGUGUACUUUCUCCGCCGACUGCUCCACGACUUUUACAGCCCCGAGUGCAUUCAGAUCCUCAAAAAUGCCGCCGCAUCCAUGGCCACCGACUCGCGACUGAUCAUCUGCGACAUGCUGGUUCCGGACAUGGUGGAGGUGGGCGAGGCGAUGGAGCUAUACUGGCUGGACUUCAGCUUGAUGGCGAUGAGCGGCAAGGAGAAGACACUCGACGAGUUCAACGACAUCUUCGAUGCCGUGGGGUUGGAGCUUGUCAAGAUUUACCCAUCGGGAAUUGGCAAGACUGUCAUGUUGGAGACUAGGCUUAGGCUUAAGGCGAUGUCCUAGGUGUUAUUUUCAAAAGACACCAAGAGCCAAGAAGUUCCAAGAAGUUCCAAGACACAGCUAGUCGGAAAUUAGAUUAGACAGGCGUUCCAUUGGUCACAAUGCCUGAGGCAUUUUUCAAUUUCAAAACAAAUUUGGUAACAGAUAAUUUGCGGCAGCAAUUCGAGCGCGCUGUCAUCAUCCUCACGACAAA